GUUGCUGAAAAUUCAUGAAAGAUGAAUUCAUUUCAGCCUUCCUUUUGGAACAGCACCUCCAACCCUUUGAACCUGUCCCAAAGCAGAGAGUUUUCUUAUCAGAGCAUCAGUACAGCAGAGACCAUCAUUCUUCCGGCUUUGAUUGGAAUUCUCUGUUCCACAGGCCUAGUAGGCAAUAUUCUCAUUGUGUUCACCAUAAUAAGGUCUAGGAAAAAAACUAUCCCAGACAUAUAUAUUUGUAACCUGGCUGUGGCUGAUUUGGUCCAUAUCAUUGGAAUGCCUUUUCUUAUUCAUCAAUGGGCCCGAGGAGGAGAGUGGGUAUUUGGGAGUCCUCUCUGUACCAUCAUUACCUCACUAGACACCUGCAACCAGUUUGCAUGCAGUGCUAUCAUGACUGUAAUGAGUUUGGACAGGUACUUGGCUCUUGUCCAGCCAUUUAAGCUUACCAGUUUGAGAACAAGGUCGAAGACCAUCCGCAUCAAUUUGUGCCUUUGGGUAGCUUCAUUUGCUCUGAUGUUGCCUGUCUGGAUCUCCUCGAAAGUCAUCAAAUUCAAAGAUGGUUUUGAAAGUUGUGCUUUUGAUUUAGCAUCCCCUGAUGAUGUGCUUUGGUACACUCUUUAUUUGACUAUAACAACAUUUUUUUUCCCUUUGCCUUUGAUCUUGGUGUGCUACAUUUUAAUUUUAUGUUAUACCUGGGAGAUGUAUCAACAAAACAAGAAAUCAGGAUGCUAUAAUCCUAGCAUACCCAGGCAAAGAGUUCUGAGGUUGACGAGAAUGGUCCUGGUGCUGGUGGGAGUUUUUGUCCUGAGUGCCGCGCCCUAUCAUGUGAUCCAGCUGGUAAAUCUGCAGAUGGCACAACCAACACUGACUUUCUAUGUGAGCUAUUACUUCUCUAUCUGCCUCAGCUAUGCCAGCAGUGGAAUCAACCCCUUUCUCUAUAUCCUGCUGAGUGGCAAUUUCCGUAAACGUCUGACUCAAUGUACCCACAUUCAAGGAAAGACAACUGAAAGAGAAAUAAACCAUUUUGGAAACACACUGAAAUCAAGCUUUUAGUGGGUGAACUUGGCUCACUGAGGGCAUUAAAAAGCAUAUUCACCUAAAUAAGGCAAUAUAUAGAGUGGGCCCAAUAGAAUGUAGUAGUAACCUUUAUAUUUGUGCAAAUAUGACCCUUAAUGUCAUAUGUCAUUAAGGAAAUAGGUCUAACAUAAUGUGACUUUUGUAGAUAAGGUUUUGUUCCCUGUUUGGAAACAGGAUUACAUUAAAUAAUAAUAAUAAUACUACAUUAAGAUGCAUGGACUUUCCAGUGGUUUGUUAGUUAUCAGCAGCAGUAACCAAUACAGUUACUAAAUCACUCAGCCUCGUUAGCCACCAGGACCUGCCCAUACCUUGCCCUCAAGUUCCUUGCCC